CUACAGUACUACACUCUCUAGUCUCUACUCUCUCCACCUCCUCGAUCUCGAUCUCGAUCUCAACUGAAAUGGCAACCCCAUCCCAAAGCGCCGUCGCUUACUUCAUGCGUAUGACCGGUGCACCGGAGUUCGUCGCCAUCCAAAGACUCGAGGAAUAUGGAGGCAACGUGAAUGAAGCUAUUAAUGCUCAUUUCCUGCAAUUGGAUAGUAAUGUUGAUAAUAUGCCCACUCAGAGGCAAAACCUUGGUGGUGGUGGUGGUUCUCCGCAGUAUAUUCAGUCUAAUAUGAAUGCCAAUAAUCAGAACCGUAGUUGGUCGCGUGGGGUAAUGCCUUUCCUCAAUGCUGCUAGAAGGUUUAGACCUUCACUACUACUUGAUCCAAAUUAUAGGAGAGAACUCAGAGAUUCAUACAAUGGGAUUGGUGCAAGUAGUGAUAAUGUGCCGCGUACUGUUCCUACAAGUCAAAAUGUAACCGGAAAUUUGUAUGGGACACAUGAUUAUCACCAUAAUGACUAUAAUUUAGGACAGGCUAACACCUCUAAACAUGUAUCUGAUAAUGAUGUCGAAGAAGCAUUGAUUCAGGCUGCAAUUGAGGCCUCAAAGAACGAUAGCAGAGAAAGGUCUACAUGGGAACAACAUGGCGAUGUUAAUGGUUCAUUGGAUGAUGAAAUUCCUCGUGAUCAUCUUCGACAAGAAGAUGAUGAUUUAGCUCAUGCUCUUUCACUGUCCAUAAAGACUGCGGAGGAAGAAGAAGCUGUUCGGGAAUUUAUGGUUAAGGAAAUAAGCAAGACACAGGAAAGCAACAGCAGCAGAAGCACAAUGGAGGUGCAUGUUUUCCAAGCUUGAUACUCUUUUCAUAUCCACAAACAGACCAC